AUGACCAAGAAGAUAUCCGUCAAGAAAAACCAAGCACUGCUGGUACUAGCAACCACCUCAUGCAUGCAGUUGGCAGUUGAAAUCAAUGAAGCUGCCAAAAUGGAAAAAUAUGCUGCCAAUCAUGCCCAAGGAAGUAGUUCCAAAGAGAAGGCAGAAAACAACUUCCGUGACAAUAAUAGAGGCACUACCAACUAUACUACAGAUUUUGCCAUGGCGACACUUGCUACUGGCAAUGAAGCUUGGAUCUCUGACACUCCACAAAGCCACCAGCUAUCGUUUUUCCCAAAGGGACAGACACAUGCUGUGGGUAUGCCUGUCAAAGGAUCGGCAACAGCACAAAAAAAGUUGGAAGAGGACGAUCAUUUUACGGAAGAAGAACACAGAGGCGCUGCAAGAUAUAAUAUGGACCUCCUGCAAAUGGCAACCGAAAUCAACGAGGCUGCCAAAAUGGAAAAAAUUGAAACUGGAAAUGAUCUAAGCUGGCAAAGUGCAGAACUCGCAGUAGAACCUCUGCACAGGCAACAACAUCAGCCGUCGAGACCAGGGGCCUACAUGGGUUUACCGGGAGAAGCCUUGCAGCGUGCAACUACUCUACAAUAUUCCCUAGUUGGUGCCAGUGCCACUGGUCAGGGUGAAUCGUUAGUGCAGAUGGGUGAUCCCGACGAUUCCUCUGCUCUGGCUGAACCACAUGAUGCGGGACCACCCAGCAGCAGCACCAACCACAACAUUCCAUCAACAAAUGACCAACAUUUGGCAGUGGCAGAUCUUGUUCUAGAAGAUCCAGAAGAGGAACAAACUAGGCCCGCUGCAGAUCCAGUCGAUCUACAGCAUGUCCAGCAGAGAGAACGAAAGAGGAAGAAACAGAGGCUGAUGUUUAUACUCUUCCUUGUCAUGAUGUUAGUUGUGGCAGCAAUCACUGUGGGAGCUGUGGCAGGAACCCAAAAGAAGGAGCCAGAGGUGAUUGUGUACCUAUCAACAGAUGCUCCGACGGUUUAUGGGUCCAUGACUCCUUCUGGAGUACCAUCAUCUGCCCCCACUGGGGAUCUAGACUUGCUAUUCGAUAGUCUCCCUGACUAUACUCUUGCCAGCAUCAACAAUGGCAGUGAGACCCCACAGUGGAGAGGAUGGCAAUGGCUGGCCAAUCAUCAGAACAUCACAUUCCUUUCAGAUUGGAGAAAGACACAGCUCUUUGCCCUUGCUACAUUUUUCUAUGCUUUUGAAGGAGAAAGCUGGAAUCCUUUAAUAAAGGGUUAUGGAUGGAUGGAUGACACAGUCGAAGAGUGCGACUGGUUCUCAAGUGGAUUUGAAUUUUUUUUUUAUGAUGGAAAAUAUUAUGAAUGGCAAAACUCUACACCUCCUUGCAACAGCCAAGGACAAUUCACAUCUCUGGAUCUGCAACACCUGCAGCUCUCUGGUCUUCCCCCAUUUCUGCCACCUGAGAUUGCGCUCUUGACUUCCUUGUCUCGUUUGUCUCUUGAUGACAAUGAUAUUGCUGGAACACUUUCAUCUCUGUUACCAACAGAAUUUUACGAGAUGACUGGAUUGACACAUUUGACUAUAGAGGAAAAUCAGAUCACUGGCAAAAUUCCCUCUGAAAUUUCCACAAUGACUGCUUUGACUGAGUUAUGGUUGAAUGGAAAUAUGCUCACCGGUCAAGUCCCUUCCGAGCUUGGCCUUUUGACAGCUUUGAACAGCCUGGAGAUGAGCGAAAAUCGCUUGACCCAUCAAAUUCCUUCUGAACUUGGGCUCCUGACCUCAUUGGAUACUCUUCAGCUUGGUGACAAUCAGUUGUCUGGUCCGAUUUUUUCCGAGCUUGGGCUCCUGACCUCAUUGGAAGAGCUCAAGAUAUAUAAGAAUCAGUUUACCGGUCCAUUUCCUUCGGAGCUUGGGCUCCUGGCCACAUUGAAAGAGCUUUCCCUUUCUGAGAAUCAGUUGUCUGGUCCGAUUUCUUCAGAGCUUGGGCUCCUGACCACGUUGGAACGACUUUGGAUUGAUGAGAAUUCGAUGACUGGUCCAGUUCCUUCUGAGCUUGCAAAGUUGACUGCUUUGACUUGGUUACGGCUCAAUCAAAAUCAGCUCACCGGUCAAGUCCCUUCCGAGCUUGGCCUUUUGACGGCUUUGACUGUACUGAUGUUCAAUGAAAAUCGAAUGAUGGGGACCAUUCCGUCUGAACUUGGGCUCCUGACUUCAUCAUUGGAAUGGCUUGCCUUAUCAAAUAAUCAGUUGUCCAGUCAAGUUCCUUCGGAGUUUGGUGCAUUUACUGCUUUAGACAUGCUGUGGUUGAAUGGCAACCAGUUGACUGGCCCAGUUCCCAUGGAGUUCUGGCUCCUGACAUCGUUGCAAGAGCUUUACCUCGCUGACAAUCAGUUCACCGCCACAAUCCCAACUGAAGUUGAUAUGAUGACAUCUUUGACAUCUCUGCGUCUUCACAACAAUAACCUGACAGGAACACUGCCCAGCCAACUGGAUGCGUCAAUGGGGCUGAGACUACAUGGGAACCAGUUCCUGAGAACUGGAACUGUCCCAGAGCAUCUCUGCUCUUUUCUAAGGUGUGAUUGUGCCCUAAAUGAAACUCCUCCUGUUUCCACCUGUUCUGACCUCAUAGAAGAUCCACCGGAUUGGCCUGGACGAUUUCCAAACAGAGGUGCUGAUGUCAUGCUCAAUAUCCAAACUGAUGAUUAUCCAGAUGAAACAUCAUGGGUUUGGCAGAAGGAAACCAAUGUGACUGGUGUUUGGGACACAUUGGAAUCAGCUGGUCCACUGGAGUAUAAAGAUUAUCUUUACUACUCUCUCUUCGCAGUGAACGCUGACACAACCUACAGACUGGUUGUGUCUGACAGUUGGGGUGAUGGUGUCAACAUCCCCGGAUGGAUUACUCUGACAGCCACCAACCAAUCAGUGUUCUAUUCUUUGCUGGCUGGGGAGGCCUUCUACGAAAUCACCAUUGACAUCUUGGUUGGGGCAGAUGGAUCUUCUGAUAUCACCAAUUCUACAUCUCACUGA